CGCCCAUGAAAACAGCAAGGUGCUCCAAAAGGUGUGCAUCUCCCUUCCAGGGGUUUUGUCAAAGCCAGAGCAUUCCAAUGAGUGUGUGUAACCACUCCAGAGAAGUGACCCAUCCAGCUCACCUUGCCCUGAACAGGAGCAUAGAUGUGCUACUGAUGUCAAGCACUGGUGCAGAGUGCAAUAAUACAGACAGUUGCGCUGGACCCGGGGAAACCUUCCUUCAUUCCCUGUAUGCAGCCACAUAUACCAUCAUUUUCAUCCCAGGACUCCUGACAAACAGUGUGGCCCUGUGGAUUUUAUGCCGCUUCAUCAGCAAGCAAAAUAAAACCAUCAUCUUCAUGGUGAACCUGGCCAUGGCUGACUUUGUUCAUGUUCUUUCGUUACCUCUACGGAUAUAUUAUUAUGUCAAUUACAAGUGGCCAUUUGGGAGAUUCCUUUGCCAGCUUUCUUUCUACUUGAAGUAUCUCAAUAUGUAUGCCAGCAUCGGCUUCCUUACCUGCAUCAGUGUGCAAAGAUAUCUCUUCUUGCUCUACCCGUUCAAGGCCAAAAACUGGAAACGGCGGUACGAUGUGGCCACAUGCGUUGUGUUAUGGAUUGUCAUCGGAGCUGCUUGCCUGCCAUUCCCAUUGUUAAGAAGCUCUGAAAAACCAGAGAGUUGUUUCACUGACCUCAAGAUCAAGAAGAUCGGAGGAAAGGCCUACUCUAUCAUGGUGGUAAUGGUGGCUGAGAUCCUCGGGUUCUUUGUCCCACUUGUCAUCAUUGUCUAUUGUACCUGGAAGACGAAAGCUUCACUCCAAGAAUGCCAGAUCCCUUUGGAAAACACUAUGGAAAAGCGGAAGGCGUUACGGAUGGUUUCCACGUGUGCGGUUGUGUUCUUUGUGUGCUUCACGCCAUAUCAUAUUGUCUUUUUCUUCUUCAUGAUGGUCAAAGAAGCUGUCAUCCGAGACUGUGUCUUACGGCAAAAUAUCCUGUACCUUCACCCUUUUUGUUUAAGCCUUGCAAGCCUGAACUGUUGCUUGGAUCCCAUCCUCUAUUUCUUCAUGACAUCAGAAUUCCAGGGUCAGAUAUUGAGACAUAGCAGCUUGGCCAUCAGGAGUCGUCUCAUGAGCAAAGAAAGUGCUUCCUCUGUGAAAGGAUAAAUUCAGCUGGAUUGCCAACUGGACAGAGAAUCAUAAGAAUACAGGAGGCAACAUUAUACUAAGUCUGGCCAUCCAUCCAGUGCAGACUAUUGACUAUCCUGAUUGGUAACAUUCAGUCCCUGGAGAUGCCAGGGACUGAAUGUGAGAACUGUUAUGGGAUGUACUUAAAAGAAGGACAUUGAAUAUAUUUGUUUCUUCUUCAAUAGAAAAUCACUGAAAGAUUUAGGAACCUUCUUGCAGAUGCUAGGGACUUGACCAGAAAUCUACUGGAGGCAAAUCCCCAGAGUACAUUCCUUUCUGCCGCUGGAGUUUCAUAUACAAGACUCUCAGAGAAUGUGUUCUGUAAGGUUUGUUGCUCUUCUUUGCUAUCGAGUUGACUUCAACUGAUGGCAACCCUACAAAUGAGAGACCUCCCUGAGCCCUGGCCAUCAACUGCCCUGAAAACUCAGUGCAACCAUGGCUUCUUUGAUUGAAUCUAUCCAGUUGUACUGGAGUCUCCCUUUUUCCCUACUGCCUUCCAUUUUACUAAGCAUUAUUGUCUUUUCCAAUGAGUCACGUUGUCUCAUGAUAUGUCCAAUAGCCUCAGUUUAGUCAUCUAGGCUUCCAGUAGGAUUGAUUUGCUCCCUGGCAAAUUCAUUUGUCUUUUUGGCACUUCAUGGUAUCCAUGGAACUUUCUUCCGGCACCAAAUGGGUUGAAUCUCUUCUUCCUGUCAGCUUUCUUUACUGUCCAGCUUUCAUGCCCAUACAUAGAAAUUUAUUGGAUGCCAAGCUGGUGUUGGGCUAGCAUGAGUUCUACAAAGUGGUUGCCCAAUGCCCAUAUUCAUCUCAAGUCAUGACCAAGUCAAAGGAUAUAAUGGUGCCCCUUCCUACUCCAUAUCUAAAGCCUGGUCAACUCACAGAGGAGUCUGAUGUCUGUAUUGGAUAUGGAAUGGCAUCCUUAUCCACAGCAUCUGGAAAUAGCAUGCAUUGGGUGCGUGUGUGAAGAGUGGGUUGCAUGACAUGCAGAACUCUGUCCCUCAGUACCUUGUUGCAGACCUUCACCUCCUAUCAUCUGCUGCCUGAAGCAGCUGCCUCACUCUACCUAAUGACAUGGCCGACUCUGUAGCCACCUUGCUAAAGCAAUACUGUAUACGCCAACCUUAGAGAUAUCCACUCAAAAAUAAGUCCCAUUGAUUUCAUUGGACAUGUUCCCUGGAUGUACGUAUUAGACUGCAGCCUUAGGUUAGCCCCAACUGCAUCCACUGAAUUAUUCCAGGCGAGUCGACACAAAAGGAAAUCCCAUUACUGGAAUGGGUCUGUUCUAGUUCAAACUAGCAAUCCAAUUUCAACUUAGCCAGUUGAUUGUCUGAAUCUUCAUUACGUCUUCCAUGAACUCAUAGAUUUAUCUCCAUAAAUGUAUA